CUCGGGAGGCGGGUUCUCGGCGCGCCGGGUCCACGCUUUGCGCUCGGAGCCGCGGCAGUCUGUCGGCCGGCAGCCCUCGAGGCGAGAUGACGGCCUGCAAGCGAGUGGCGAAGGAGCUGGAGGCCCUUCAGAAGGACCUUCCCCGGUACCUGAGGAACCUGCGCAGCGAUGAUGCCAACGUCCUGGAGUGGCACAUGCUCCUCCUGCCGGACGAGCCUCCAUACCACCACAAGGCCUUUGGUGUACGCAUCAGCUUCCCCAGAGAUUACCCACUCAAGCCUCCCACAGUGGCCUUCACAACCAAGAUCUACCACCCCAACGUGGAUGAGAACGGACAGGUCUGCCUGCCCGUCAUCAGCAAAGGCAACUGGGAGCCCACCACCAAGGCCUUCCAAGUCCUGGAGGCCCUCAACAGGCUGGUGAACAGACCAGAUCUGGAGGAACCCGUGAGGCUGGAGCUGGUUGACCUGCUGACCCAGGACCCAGAGCUGUUCAAGCAGAAGGCAAAGGAGUUCACCCUCCAGUUUGGAGAGGACCGGCCCUCCUAAUUCCGGGUCUGACCCCUCUCCACACUGGGUCCAAGACACCUUACAGACCUGGGCU